ACGCACACACACGGACGCAGAGAGGAGCCAACAUGGCUGAGGAAGAAGUAAGCGAGGUAACUUCUGCUGGUAUUUUUCAGGAGCUCUUCACCUCCCCGCUGAACCUGACGCUGCUCAGCCUCUGUCUGUUCCUCCUCUACAAAAUCCUCCGCGGGGAUAAACCACCGGAUCUCGGCGAGAUGGAGAAACCGCUGCCCAAACUGAAGAAGAGAGAUUUCACCCUCGCAGAGUUGAAGCCCUACGAUGGACUUCAGAACCUGAGGAUCCUCAUGGCUGUCAACGGGAAAGUGUUUGACGUGACCAGAGGGAAGAAGUUUUACGGCCCAGAGGGGCCGUAUGGUGUGUUUGCAGGCAGAGAUGCAUCCAGAGGUUUAGCUACGUUCUGCCUGGAGAAGGAGGCCCUGAAAGACGAACACGACGACCUGUCUGACCUGAACGCCAUGCAGCAGGAGAGCCUCUCUGAGUGGGAGACUCAGUUCACCUUUAAGUAUGAUUACGUCGGCAAGCUGCUGAAACCAGGAGAGGAGCCCACAGAGUACACAGACGACGAGGAGGGAAAAGACAAAAAGGCGGACUAGAACAAAAAAAGUGAAGUGGAUAAGGAUGAUUGAUGCCUUACUGUUUGUAAUUUUGCUGCCUGUUGCCUCCUGUUAGGGCCGAUCUCCUGUAUGUAUUCUAGUUCUUUUGGACUCUCACAAUCCUGCAUUUUAUAUGCUGACCCAAUUCCAUUUGUGUCCGUUUAUCUCGUGGCAUUAACAGUUCAAUUUGCUGCAGUCUGAUGUAGAGCUGUGCAGUGUUGUUAGAGAUUAUCAGCUAAAAUCGAUUCUUAGCUUGUUGCACAGAAUCAAGAACUUGGACCAAUUCAGAUGAGCGUCAUGUGUCCUGUAGGCUGAGACCAGUUUGUUGUGUGAAGACGAAGAAGCUUUGUCUGCGAGAUAAUCCACCGCUCUGUCAUUCACUUUGUUAGAAUCGCUGCUGAUGUGUUGCAGGUUGUAAACAUUCCUUUUAUCCUAGUUUUGUCCCAGCUCAGAUUAAAUACAUUUUCUCAGGACAUCUUUUCACUCAAAAUUAACAACAAAUAUUGAGGGUUUGGAGCCUGAGGGAAGAUUUAAAGUAUAUUUUAACCUGGGGUAUUCCAAAUAAACUUCAGUUUUACGGAAAUAAUUUAAAGUGAGUCCGACCAAAAGCUGGUUUGGUUAUUCAGCAAGGGGACUAAUUUCUGCUUGUACUGUGAGUGAGAGAUGGAAACAAACAUUUGAAAUGAUUCAUGUGAAACCAGAAAGGCACUCGGAGAGCACAGACCACUACCAAGGCCAAAUGCUUUAUCUUGCAAUGUAAACACACUAAAAUAAAAAAAACAAAUGUGUAUCCACCCGAUGACUCUGUAAUCCUGCUGAAAACCAAACUGAAAACAGCCUGCUUGGUGGAUGUAGUUAAAGUUUGUUUGGAAAGUUUUCGUACGUUUCCAUUGCUUGUCUCAAUGUUUUUGGAUACAGGUAUGAGAUAAACACCCAGGCUAAAAAAUACAGGAAUUUCCCUGUGUACAUGACGCUGAUGAUCUGAUGUAAAGAUUAAAGAUGUCAUCACAUAAACACUGCUGAA